AUGGUAGCCCGGAAACACCUCAAUGUGGCCAUCGUCGGGGCCGGGCCAGGGGGAUUAGCGACCGCCAUUGCCCUGUCGGAGCUCCCCUACGUCUCCGUCACCGUCUACGAACGAGCCCCCGAGCCUCGGGAGGUCGGAGCAGGCAUCAGUAUCGGCCGCAAUGGCUGGAAUGUGCUGGAGUUGCUGGGCGCGGCCGACGGGGUCAAGGGGGCAAAGAAACAAACCCCCUUCCAACGAAAUGGUCGCACGGGAGAAUCGAUCGUUCCACGCGCAACGACGCCUCCACCCCUCAGUCCCGGGGAGGCCAAGUAUGAAUCCAUUAGGGCUCGGAGAACCCGCCUGCAAGCCGCCUUGCUCGCCAGAGUGCCCGCCAACACCAUCCGCUUCAACAAGAAGCUGGUUUCUCUGACAGAUCUUGGCGGGGAGGACGGGGUUCGUUUGCAGUUCCAAGAUGCGACCGUAGCGAGCGCGGACUUAGUGGUCGGGGCUGAUGGGAUUCGUUCGGUCGUUCGACAGACAUUGUUUCCCGACCACCAUUUGCAUUUCACUGGAGUCACCGCUUGGCGGGUGCUGGUGCCAGUCGCCUCCAUCCGCCAUGUCGCCGAGUUUCCCACCUCCACCGGAUGGUGGCAUGGCCUCAACGGCUACUUCUACUUCUCGCAUGUGGACGACGAGCCCGACCGUGAGCUGUGCGAGAUCACCGUCCGGUCCUUCGACGAGCCGGAGGUGCCCGGCCGAACCGCAACCUGGGCCAUUCCAUCGCCCAACGACCGCGUCCGCGCUCGGUGUGGGGAGUAUGAUCCUCGGAUCCAGGCCGUCUUGGAUGUGGUCCCGGAAGGGGACUGGCGAGAAUUCGCCAUGGCCGCUGGCCCGUGUCUGCCGGAGAUCCAGGGCUGGGAUAAAGUGGCUUUGAUCGGGGAUGCCAGCCACCCGCUGUCCGGUGCCUUUGGGUCGGGGGCCGCGUUUGCGAUGGAGGAUGGAUGGAUUCUGGCCCGGGCAAUCGAGCAUACCAUCACCUCGAACACAACGAUCAAGGAUGCACUCGAGAUCUUCCAACGGAUCCGGGCGCCGUACUAUGAACGGAUGCACGCGAGCGAGGCGAAGAAGGCUCGAGCGCUGAACGGGGACUUCGACACCGUCAUCAAGGCCCGCGUCGCAUCGUUCGGAGGCGCCGGGGCGGAUUCGUUAGACUGGAUUUACAAGAAUGACAUCAAACAGGUCUGGGCGGAGUAUGUGGCGAGUGUAGAGGGGGGUUGA